AUGACAUUCGUAAAGGUAAUUGCUCUUUGUGCCUCGUUGGUAGUAGUUAGCGCUUAUAGUCAUGGAGGAUCAGCUGUGAGCUAUUCAACAGUGUUUCACGACCCACCAGUUGAAUAUCAUAAUUACAGAAACCACGGUUAUGGGCACCACAAUUAUAGGCACCAUAAGUACCAAAACUAUGCUGCUUAUGGACAUGGAUAUGGAUAUGGUGCCCAAAGUUACUCAAAUCUAGUAAACCACAACAACCACUAUGCUCAUGGAUAUAGUGGUCAUGGCCUUAACCACGCCAGCCAUGGAUUAGUUUACUCAGGACAUGGCUCGAACUAUGGUCACCACAACUCCUACGCACAUGUACAUAAUUUUCCUCAUACUUAUCCCCAAUUCUCAUUUCAAUAUGGUGUUAACGACCACCAUACCGGAGACGUCAAAUCACAACAUGAAAUUCGUGACGGAGAUGCAGUAAAAGGUCAAUAUUCCUUGGUUGAACCUGAUGGUUCCGUACGUACAGUUAAAUAUGCAGCCAACGACAGAGAUGGUUUUAAUGCCGUUGUUUCUAAAACUGGACCUACUAAAGUUGUAGUUUGCGCUUAUGAGAUUAUGAGAUUGAACAAGAUAUUUUGUUUUUCGACUUCACGGUAA